AUGUCGGACAAGUACGGGGACACUCGCGAGACCACCUGGACAAGGUCAGAGUCGUUCGACAGGUACGUGCCCGAGGUGUGGGAUAUCUGUUGGGAGCCCGAAGGCAAGGCCAUGGAGCUGUUUCCUCGAGCGGGGAGCCGCUUCGACCGAGGACUGCAGUACAUUGGGCCACGCGGCGGCGCAGCACAGGACAGGGCCGCAUGGAAUGAGGGCACCGCCGCCGUGCUCGCGAAGACUGCCGCCGGGCUGCUCGGGCUCAAAGCAGCGGGCGCGGCCGCCGCGGGGGCGCUCGCCGACGCCGCGACCGGCGAGCGGGUCAGGGAGGAGACCGACGUCACCUCUGCGGGCGCGUCCGAAGCGGGCCGUGGACGUGCCGUGGACGCGCCGCAGGCGGUGGAGCUGGGCAAGACCGAGACCGUGAACCCGUACAUGACCAACGGGGCCACGGCGGAGGCACUCUUCGCCCUCUUCAGCAUGGUGGCCCUCAUGAUCUGCUGGAUCGAGUGCUGCAAGGCACUUCUAGCGGAGGUCCCGGGCGCCGACGGCUCUGGCUGGCAGGCGGCUCUGCCGCUGGCUCCGGCGGCAACAGCACAUCGGGGGGCCUGCCGUGGGCUUGCUUUCCUGGACGCCGGCGCCGGCACAGGGGUCGUUCUGCGGCCCCCCCGCGGCUUCGCGGCCAUAGGCGCGGCCGCCGAGCCGCAGCCCCGCGAGCUGCUGCUCCAGCUGCGGCGCUCCGCGCGCCGUGCGGGUUUCGGCGGCAUCGCCCCCCCCGAGCUGGAGACGCCCGUGAGACCCCCGCCCGGUGCGGGGGCCAUCGCCGCGGCCCUGCAGCUGGAGAAGCACAGGCAAGCGCACGGCUACGGGGACGCCGACGAGGCCGGGAAGGGAGCACAAGGUCCCUUGGCCGCGUUCCUCUCGACGCCCAUGGGCAAGAUCGCCGUGGUCUCACUCGUGGGCGCGGGCGCUGUGGGCUGCUACCGAGCCUGCCGAGCGGCGCCGCAGAAGGGGGACGAGGAGCCCGCGGCCGCGGCCGCGCCGGGGCAGGAGACGGCGCGCCGCCGCCGACGCCGGCGCCCCCGCCCCCGCCGC